AUGAGUUUUUACUGCUUUGAACUUAGAGCUGAAGACUGCGAACUUUUUGCUGUUGACAUUCCGGCGCUGCUAGAAGACAAGGAAACUUACUCAAAGUUCUUUCAGAUUCUGCUUGAAAUGAGUGGAGAUUUUUUCACUGAAGAGCGGUUGAGCUCGAUGGCCAGUAACCCGAGGCACCAGCUUUACGUGCUUAUGGGGCCAAACGAAACUUGGAAUGCUGAUGAACCAUUUGUUUACUGUGCCAUUCAGGUUUAUCUGGAAGGGCAGAUUGGUUUGCCUGAGUGCAAUGAGAUGGUUAGUGAGAAAAUAAAUGAUUACUACCUGAUGUUUCAACGGUUACCUCCACUGGUUGGUGCAAGGAUUGUGCACAUCUGCAAUUUGAUGGAGAAUCCAUCACUUCAGGGGGCAUAUGAAUCUGUUGCUCUAAGCCUGUUAACAAGAUGUUCAAACUACUGCAUAAAAUUUAUUAUUAUUGGUUCCAUCUAUGCAGAAAUGUAUUCUCAUUAUUUUGAUCAAAAGAGAAUUAUUGAUACCAGCUCAUAUGAUGUUAUAUACAGAUACUACAAUGGGGAAAUGGUUCAAGAUGCUGCUGAAGUGGUUUUGCAAACUGGAAAGCAGAUUUUGACACAACUUCAGAGCAAAAGGUGGAAAGUGAUGCAUUAUCUUGGUAUCAUCACUGAACCUAAUUCUAACGAAUUAAGCCGCUGGGUUGGAAGGGACUUCUCUUUGCUGUUUGUGGGCAAAAUAAAGGAUGAGUCUCAGGUUCGUUGUGUGAUGCUUAGAUUUCUUCGUGACUUUGAUUUGCAAAUAAGCAACCAUAACAAAGACUGCACUCCCAAUGACCUCUUCCGAUAUUCUCGCAGUAUUUUUAUCAAUUGCUUGUCCUUUUCACCCAUGCGCAUCCUAGAUCACGUUUUUGCACUGAGGGUCAUAAAGUUGAAGUUUGAUCAUGAAGAUGUGCAUUUGGUAACAAGAAAACCUUGGAGUGAGUUAGACGACAAGAGGAUUAACAGUUAUAUCAAAAAUCCCUUCAAUCGAGAGCUGGUCCUACACAUAAUACCAGCCAUCGCUAUACCCUAUUUUGAAGAAAAGCUUCCAUUGACGUUAUCCACAAAUGAGGAGUUUGUUUUACUAAUGCAUGGGUUGCAAAAGCAGGACUUUUUCCAUAUCAGGAAACUACUGAAUGUUCCUGAGGAAGAAAUAGAUAAUUUGUUCCAAGAAGUUCUUGCCAAAGCAACUGAUUACUUUGAUUCCCGCAACCCAGAGGUAGUGGAUGGCUAAAAGAUAAGGGGACAAAAAUUCAACUUGCCUGUAGCAAGAGCUUCAUUACAAGUUUUGGAAGUUGACGAAAGGCUUUAUAUACUCUGUUAUCCGUUUCUAGCUAUAUACAGCCAGUGGGAUCAAAAAAUGGCUCUCCUAUCCAGCUAAAACUUAAUUCCAUGGUUAAUGCCCAAAAGCGAGCAAAAUUUUGAAUUGUUUGCAAAAUGUAUGGAGGAGUCUGAAGUGCGUGCUGCCUUCUUAGCUUUGUAUUUGUACAGCCGAUUGUG